UGCUGGGAAAGGCUGUCAUUGACGGGCGGAGUCUCGCUCUCUGCCCCGGGGCGGGGCCAGCCAGACCGCUUGGCCCCCGCGCGGGAAAUCCGCCCCGCUAGGGGGCGACGAGGGUCCGAGGAGGGGCGCAGCCAUCUUUGUUGGGGGCAAAGCGCGGGGCGAUGCCCAAAUCGUGCGCGGCGCUUCGGUGCAGCAACCGCUAUAGCAGCCGCCGCCGGCAGCAGCUCACCUUCCACAGGUUCCCAUUGAGCCGGCCCGAGCUGCUGGCGCGCUGGGUGGGGAACAUCGGCCGUGGCAAUUUCCAGCCCAGCUCGCACACGGUGCUCUGCUCGCAGCACUUCCAGCCGGACUGCUUCAGCGCCUUCGGCAACCGCACCAACCUCAAGCCCAACGCCGUGCCCACGCUCUUCGCCUUCCCCCGCACCGUCAGGCAAAUCAGGAAGGAAAAGAGCCCUCUAUCUGAUGCUGAGGAUUCCAGAUUGCCUAAGGACUUUACAAGGACAGAGGAUGGAAGGAGAUUAGAUGUAGAAACUGUUCUGCAUCAAGAGCCCCAACCCAGUACAACAGAGGAACCAAUAGAAGAGGUUAGUACAACUAAGGCAACAGAAGUGGAGGCCUGGCUGCUGCCAUCCAGGCCCCCAGUGCAGAGACACCACCCAGUUCAGACCUCAGAUCACAGCUAUGCUGUCAGUGACCGUGCUUCCUUAAAACAAAAACUCUUCCAGGCACUAGAGGAAAAUGAAAAACUGCGAAAACGCCUGAAGGUUAAAAGCAUGGCACUGAGGAGGAUGUUUGUGCGGCUCCAGGCCUGCAAAAAGGAGCAGCAAAAACACCAGGCCAGACAGCCUCCUGGGAGGGAACAGGGCCUGACUUUCUGAACACUCGUCUACCAGCAAGAACUGUGGUUCAACAGGCUGCCGCCUAGAGUAUUUUAAUAGUGAGUAACCUACUCACUACUGUUUCUAAUGAGCAUAGCUUAAAGUUCACAUACAUCAUAACUACCCAGCAUGCACAUGGUCAAAUGAGAACUAGGGAAGGAAGCUUGGCUGAGAAAUAGCAUGUAAAAAAUUCCCCAAACCCGCACUUCUUGCCUCAGCAUUUGUAAUCUAAAUGCCUUUAUAAUAAAGAAAGAAUGCCAGGUGCAUAUGGGUGUGUGAGAAGAGACUCUGGGAACUUUUCUGGCAAUUACAUUUAGUUAAGCUAAUGUUAAUUAUAAGAAAAAUGACUUUAUGACUUAACAGCAAAUGUUUUACUGCUAUUUUAUACCUACCACUACUUCGCAUCUCAGCCUUCACUCAAUUCCCACACAACCCUGUUACGAGAAAUUCUGUUACAGUAGCCAUAGCAACAUCGUUCUAAGCACCCUACAAACACAGAUGAGACAGUUCCUUCCUAAGAAGAGCUUACAUCUGAGACUAAGAUACAAUAAUAAAAUAAAAAGCUGGUGAGAGGUGGAAGAGUUGAUGCACAUUUGAGUAUUUUAUUGAAGAUGCUGGCAUCCUGCCCAGCCAUCAUCACUUAGCAACUUACUGUAAAAACCACCAUUCACAGUGGGUCUUGAGGAAGGAUUUGCAAGAGUCCAAGCUUAUAUUUAUAAAAAUAUAACUAACUCACCACCCACAGCUUUCAAAGAGGAUUUAUUAUGACAAUACAGUGUUUUCUCUUCCACCAGCUUUAAACAAGGUUACGUAAUCAAAGUGUGGAAGAUCCAUCUGCAGCAAAGGAAACACCGGGCAGUUUUCAACUGAAAAUUGAUUGAACACAAAAUUUAUUGCACAGUUGACACUUAGCUUCAGAUCAAAGAACACUGUGAGAUGGUAGUGAAUGAAAUGCAUUCCUAGAACAGGCGCUGUUCACGCAUAAAAAGGUGAGAUUUUUCUGAUAAAAAACCUGGCAAGCAGCACUUGAUUGUAGGAGCAAGGAGGGGAGAGAUAAUCAUCAGCUUUCCUGGAAUAGCUGUGAUAAACCUGCUCUUGGACAAGGACUAUUGCAAAUGAAAUUCCCUGAUGUGAUUUCACGCUUGUGAGGGGGAGAUAGGACUGACAUAAGUAAACAGAACAGCAGUUACACUACAGAAAUAAGGGGCCAAGGUGCAUGUCAGGAAGUUAUUUACUCCAGUAAUUAGCAGUAGCAACAAUGCCUCUGUCAAUACAUGCUUCUUUCUAAAUCUCUUGCAUAUAAGUGAUGAAGGCCCACCCAGGACUGGCCAAGAGCAGAACUACAUUUCAGUGCCUGCAUAAUAGCCACCACUCUCCCUUUUAUAUAAAUAUCUAAAAGUACUAAGAUGCCAGAUACUUAAUAGUGCUAUUUCCAGCAGCCCUGCUGCUUUCAGCUAGGUUGGUAGAGCAAGAGUGCACCUCGCUGGAGGUCAGGUAAAUCACAGGCAGGGAUUGUAUCCUAAGGCUAUUCGAGGGAAUCUAGCCACUCAGACAGGUGGCAGUCUCUGUUUCGAAGUUUUCAGUUCCUCCUCCUAUUUGGCACAUCUCUACACUUAAAACAACAUGCAGUCCUUGGGUGAGGAAGAGCAAAAUUAAUUUGACAUGGACAGUGGUUAUAAUCUAUAAUUAAUCUGGAGUAGUACUAGUGCUUGGAACAAAUGCUACUAGCAGCUGGAUGGAAGCAUGCUGAAAAAGGUCCACGUGAUUAGAAAAAGCAGAGAACUUCAUUCCAAACAUACUUGUCCUUAAACAAAAAGAACAUUUUAAAUACAGAAGUGGGGUGAACAGCACAUCCUCUGUCCAGUAACCAGAUUGACAGAGAGGAUUCUUAGGAGGUGGCCACAAACUUCACUUUCCCCUUAGGAGCAGAAAGGGUUAAAUUAGCUACUUGUUUUCAGUUAACUUAACCCCAACUCUGUAAGCUUGAGGGAAAGUGAGCGCCAAGAGCCUCCUCCACUUCCCAUCUUGCUGACAGGGAGAGGAAACAAUGAGACUGGACAAAUGAGCUGCAGUUAACUCACAGCAGGAAGGGCUUGGACACAUGACAGCUAGGGCUCUCCCCCUCACACCUCCCAGGCAGGGGAUGGGCACACAGAGAGCACUGCAUGCUCUCAGCCAUGUUCCCUAUUGGCUGCCAAGCCACAAUCCAGGGCAGUAUUGCCUUGGAGGUACCUGUAAGAGCAGGUUUUCUCUUGUUACCCCUUAACAUAAUUGGUAUGACACCACCUUCUAUAUGGAUCAUAAAAAUAAAAACAUCUCCGUUUCUGUUUCAAACUUGCAGAAUCCAGGGGGAAGGUUUUGCAGCUUCUGUUGGUUCAGGUACCAUACAUGACACCCUGUUUUCUCACCACAUUAGCCAUCCGCAUCAAUCCUGUGAGCUGUUAAGAACAAAGGGACUCAGUUCAUGUUUGUUAAUAGAGAUGUCCUAAUUCUCAGCAACAUUUACCAUAGUGUCAUUUGCAGAACAGAAUUACUAGCAGCAAAGGAAAUCACUGAAUGCAAGACUCUCACCCACUAUCAAAAGAAAGAGAUUGAUGACUCAGAAACCAUAAUUUUUCAAAGGAUAGCACACAGUCUGAGGUGCCAAGACUGGUUUAGAAAGGACUUGUACUCUUUAGCCAAAUCACAAUGCAACUAUUCAUUAGAGAGACAUCCAGAACAGGCAAAGAGUCCUGUGGCACCUUAUAGACCAACAGAUGUAUUGGAGCAUAAGCUUUUGUGGGUGAAUAUCUGACGAAGUGGGUAUUCACCUCCGAAAGCUUAUGCUCCGAUACGUCUGUUAGUCUAUAAGGUGCCACAGGACUCUUUGCUGCUUUUACAGAUCCAGACUAACAUGGCUACCACUCUGAUCCAGAACAGGCUAACUCCUCAGAGCUAAUGGUACCAGUGUCCCUGGAAGAGCACUUGCACAAUUGAGACAUCCCAACCAGCAACAGCAAGGCAUCACUGAUGCCAGAUACUGGGGUGGAGUGCACCCCAGUGAAUUGUGGGGGGGCCUGAGGAGAUCCUGUCCUCUCUGCUGGAAUUGGGGCUUGGUGACUGAAGGAAGGAGAAAGCAAUCCUUGCUACUUACAUUGCUUUGGUAUCCUAAGGGCCUCGCUGUCAGCAGACAUCACUUGAUGUAGAACUCCCCGAAACUGAUACAGCACUUUCAAACUCUUCUCUUCGCCCACACAGGGGUCAUAGAACCCAGGCAGGCCAGUCUUUAACAACAAAAACAACACACUGAGCACUCUCACAGCUCUUCCACUCGUGCUUUUAGGUUACAAUAGAGGGAGUUUUAAAAGGAGUUGAAGCUGGUCUCCUUCACAAGGGACACCAUCAACACCAACUAACUAAUGUAAAACAUUAGUUAAAAGACACUUUCAAUUACACCUGCCAAAAGGCUGGUUUUAUAAUUUAAUUUUCCUAUUUUAUUAAGUAUUUUUCUCCCCCUGCAGCUGAGUGAGAGACUCUCACAAACAACAAGGGAAACUGACUGUGUAGGGAAGUCAGCAGAAGUGACUACGAAAUGCAGCCAAGCCCUUCAAUCUCUAUAGGGAUCCCACUCCCCAUUCCUCUCCUCGAACCCUUCAGAACAAGUAAGUCAUGCUGCACUUUUUACCCAUCCUGGCUUCCUCUGCCUCAAUUAUCCUCCGGACGGACUCUUGCAUUAACCGAACCUGCCACAACACAAAGGACAAAAUAAAAUUCAGCAGUCAGAUUCCAUUUAAAAAGAGAUAUGAACUCCAAGUGGGAACAGUUUCCUUUAGCUCAGAAGGCUCACGAGGGACAAGUGAAUUAGGAAGACACCUGCAGACCAGGGCCUUGGCAUUGUCUCAGAGCUCACCUGAGCAUAAAUAUGAAAAUGAAGAUGAGAACAAAAACACAGGGAAGGGGGAAAUGCCUCGAACUGCCCUGGGGUUGCGGCCACGGGGCAUGGGAAUGUUAGGGACGACAGGAAGACUCCAAGUCCAUGUCUGGAGAUCACCCAAUCCAUGGGUAGAGUGUCCCACAGAAAUGAAAGAUUGCCAACAAUUGUGGCUUGUGGGAGGCUCUGUAUUCUGUUGCCCUCGCCAAUGACAUCAGCACACUCAGCCACUGGGGUGAAGGGCAAGACUCAGUCUUACUUCCUGGGCUGGGGGCGGUGAGAGGUUCUUCCUCCCGUGCUGCCGCCCCCCCACCCCUCCGACUGGGUACUGCCUGGCAGGAGAUGGGAACAGGGAGGAGCAAAGAUAACAUCCUGUGGCUCACUGUGGGGGGGAGGGCAGGCACACAGAGCUGCCAUAAGACACUUGACUCUUUCUGCCCCACUUCUCUACUGUGAGAAUGGCACUGGGUCCUGAGGGGAGGUGGAAAAGCUCUGCCUGCUGCUGCUGCAGCGGUCAUGAUUGGCUGCUCUUCCCCAAGAGGCAGACAAAUGUGGAAUGCAGCCAAUCAGGAAGGGGAUUUUUCCCCCAGACAGGGCUAAAAUUUCCAAGAGGGCUGGAGCUCCUCACAUCAUCAGUAGACUGGCUCCAGCCCUGGCAAAAAUCACACCACUCAAAAUCUCAAGAAUUGACUACACUGCAGGCGGUAUGUGUUCUGCAAAUGAAAAUGGGGACACAGCUGGAGAACAAAGUGUGUGGCAUAUGCUGUAUGGAACAAUAUAACCAAGGAUGAAACUAACAGGCAAGACUGGGGACAGAGGAAUGGACGACUUACUGCAGCUUCCGCCUCCUGCUUCUUCUGUUGGACAUCACUGGCGGUACUUUCCCUUUGUUUCUCCAACUCUCUGACAUGAGGAAGUUGAACACCACAUUAGUUAUAGGCAUUAAAUACGAUUCAGUGCAAGGAUGCA